CAAACCCAUAUUAUAUUUUCCUAUCACUGCUUGUUCAGCGUGUUCUCUCUAGAAAAACCAACUGAAAAAAAGACCAAACUCAACUAGAGUGAAUUGUGAGGUCCAAAAUGUCGAAUUUGCCCCAAUCGUUGUCUAUGGGUGCGGCCUUUGGUGGCGGCGGUCCGCCAUCUUCGUCCGGUGGGACUGGAGCACAGGGCUCCGGUGGGGGCAAAGAUCGGAAGAUGGCAUCUGCUGAGCAACUGGUAUUGGAACUCAGCAACCCUGAACUCCGAGAAAAUGCGCUUCUGGAACUGUCCAAGAAGAGGGAGCUAUUUCAAGAUCUGGCUCCUUUGUUAUGGAAUUCUUUUGGUACUAUUGCUGCACUUUUGCAGGAAAUAGUUUCAAUUUACCCAGUUCUUUCACCACCAAAUCUUACUCCUGCACAAUCAAAUCGAGUGUGUAAUGCUCUUGCUCUUCUUCAGUGUGUAGCAUCUCACCCUGAUACAAGGAUGCUAUUCCUCAAUGCUCAUAUACCUUUAUAUCUGUACCCCUUCCUUAAUACAACAAGCAAGUCAAGACCAUUUGAGUACUUGAGGCUUACCAGUCUUGGUGUCAUCGGUGCAUUGGUGAAGGUUGAUGAUACAGAAGUUAUAAGUUUCCUUCUUUCAACAGAAAUAAUUCCUCUGUGCUUGCGCACCAUGGAAAUGGGUAGUGAGCUAUCCAAAACAGUAGCAACAUUUAUUGUUCAAAAAAUUCUUUUGGACGAUGUCGGCCUGGACUAUAUUUGUACUACAGCCGAGCGCUUUUUUGCGGUAGGUAGAGUUUUGGGGAACAUGGUGGCAGCUCUUGCUGAGCAACCCUCAUCUCGUCUACUGAAGCAUAUCAUUCGGUGCUAUCUUCGUCUGUCAGAUAAUCCAAGGGCUUGCGAUGCAUUAAGAAGCUGUCUACCAGACAUGUUAAGAGAUGCCACUUUCAGCAGUUGCCUUCGUGAAGACCCCACAACUAGAAGGUGGCUACAACAAUUGCUUCACAAUGUUGGAGUGAAUAGAGUUCCUGCACUACAAGCUGGAGGUGGUUUCGAUCAUAUGAUUGUUACCUGAGAUAAGUUACAGAUCAUGCCUGGUUGCUGCUAUCACCCCUUUUGGGGUUCGGCUAUAUCCAUAUUUCAUGAAACUUAGUUGGUCAGAGGAAAAGGCUGUAAUUAUUGAUGCAUGGAAAUCAAGCUAAAAGACACUUUUCUUUUUAGUUAUAGGUGGUUCUUCAUACCCAUUGUGCAGUUAAUCUUAAAUCAAGACAUUGAGGUGGGUUUUACUCCUUAAUGAGCUUUUAGUAGUUACAUUAUGGUAUCAAUCAUCAAAUAUUUCAAUCAA